UAUAUCUCCGCCAGACUAUUCGAAGCUUCGAAAUAAGCAUUGACUAAGCCUUCAAUAAGUAAUAAUGCUUGACCUCCUCCAGGCUGAUCCACUUUGAAUCUUUUCCCUCGACCACUUCAUCAACACCCUACAAGAAACACAAUCACUCUCAAAAAUGGCAUCCGGCAUCACUCUCCACUUCCUCCAAGCCUCGCGCUGCAUCCGCACCGCCUGGCAGCUCCAUCUCCUCGGUCUCGACUACAACCUGAAAUUAUCCGACCGCGAGAACGGUCUGGCACCCGCCGCCUUCAAGCAGGCCGCCGGCGCCCUUGGGAAAUUCCCGACAUUAGAAGACAACGGCGAGGUCUUCUACGAGAGCGGCAACAUCUGCGAAUAUCUCUGCGACAAAUACGAUACCGCCCAUCGUCUCCUCCCGGCACCCGGCGACCCACACCGCUACAAAGUCCUCCAAUGGGUCCACGCCUCCGAAGCGACCUUCGCCCUCCACGGCAUCUCGGUGCUGUACAUCCGAUUGCACCAGAAGACCGGCGACGUCGAGGCCACGGAAAAGGGCGCGAGCGUGAACAUCGGGAAAGAUCUCGAUUAUCUCGAGGACGUGUUGGCAAAGAGUUCCGGGAAAUUCAUCUUUGGCGAUGAGGUUACUGCGGCGGAUGUCAUGAUGCAUUUCUCGGCGGUGUUUAUCCUUCAGAGACAGCUUGUGCCGAAGGGCAGGGAGGGCGAUUGGCCGGGGGUGAGGAGGUGGAUCCAGGAUUGUGAGGCGACGGAGUCGUAUAAGGAGGCGGUGAAGAAGACGGGCCAUAAGAUUUAGAGUGUCCUUUUUAUUAUUAUUUCCGUCACGAGUUGGGACCUGUGGAAGCAGCUUCUUCCUAGAGCCAGUCUAGAUCUGAUAUUGUCCACUGGAAAUUGAUACAUCGUGUUGUAUGUCAUUGCGGCGCAGAUGCACGUCGAAUGUCCCUGCUCCGAAACCGUGUCUUCUGGAAAAGGCCGCCAAACACCACCUCGUCGGUAUCAAAGACGACCGCCAGACAAACGCUCGGGAGUUUUCCCACCCCACCGAGAUCUCCACCUCGACUCCGUCCACUUCGAGUACAUGACAAAGACCGCCGCCGUCAACACGAUGAUAACCAGCGUAACCACAACGGGCACCCACACCGACAAAAGCGACCCAUUAAUCUCCGCAACAUUCAUCCCGAAAAUGCCCGUGACGAACGCCAACGGGACAUACACGAACGCAAGGGUCGACAAUCUCUGCCCCCGAAUGCCAUGCGCGAUGCUCAAUUCCGUCCCGACGACGCC